CGCAACGUCGACCUUGUUGCUUGCUUGAACUCUGAACUCCCUCUGUGUCUCCAGGAGUACAUCGCUAAGCUGCACCCUAACUCCGCAACCCACAUCAUCACUCUGCCAGGUAUGUGCUAUUGUCCUCCCACCACAAACAUCAUCGGCACCACCCCCCUCUACUAACCACCAAUAUCCGAAAGACAACCGGAGAAACAGAGAAGACUGAGAGGAGUGGAAGAGGCGGAAAGAGUUAGAGAAGAAAGAGAGAGAGAGAGAGAGAGAAAGCACGAUCUCAUACUUCGCGCAGGCAACCCCGUCCCCCCCCCGCUGCUACGACGAGAGCCCAAACGAUCCAAAUACGCGACCUCACUCGCCCGACCUCGACGUCCUACGCACAUCCGCUGGCGAACCCUCGAUAGCCAAGCAGUACCGCCGAGCCGUCGCGACAAAUGUCGCCCGACCCCCCAAGGGGCUCCUCCGUGCCAGAAGCCGACAAGAUGAACGAUCCCGCUUAUGACACCAAUGCGAGCCGUCAGCACGCCAACGCGGCAAAUUCGGAGCCCGAUCACUGCCGGAUAUGUCGCUCGGAAGGAACAACACAUGAACCCCUCUACCAUCCGUGCAAGUGCAGCGGGUCCAUUAAGUUUGUGCAUCAGGACUGUCUGAUGGAAUGGUUAGCACACUCACAGAAAAAGUACUGUGAGCUAUGCAAGACGCCGUUCACAUUCACAAAGGUCUACGACCCGGACAUGCCCAACUCGCUGCCGACUCCAUUAUUCGUACGGCAGUUGACGCGACGCCUUGCAAGGGGUGCUCUGAGGUUUCUACGGGGGUUAUUGGUGGCAUUUGUGUGGUUGGGCUGCCUCCCUUGGUGCGUGCGGUGGAUGUGGCGGGGAUGGUUCUGGGUGAGCGAUGGAGGGUGGUGGCAGCUACAGGCCAACGGUUUCCCAGGAACGCCGGUUCCAGAAACGCCAACCGACACCCAACAACCAUCUACCUCAACAAGUGCGGCAGGAUAUUUCGCUUUCCUCUCUCCUCCGGCUCUCUUGGCGGCCGUGUCCCCGGCCACCGGCGGUGCUAAUUCUACUGCCACGAAUCUUGAUGUCGUCGCCACUGCUUUCAACAUGUCCGCCGUAAAUACCGCUUACUCGGACGGCUUAUUCUUCGAACGCAACCCAUUAUUCAAUGCUACUCGCUUUGAGUUCGUUAACAACUUGAUUGUCGACGUCCUAGAGGGUCAGCUGUUGACGGCGCUGAUCGUGGUGACCUUCAUCAUUGUUUUCCUUAUACGGGAGUGGGUAGUCCAGCAACAGCCUGCGUUGCUCGGCGACGCAGCAAACAUUCCCCUGUUGAACGAGCAGAUUGAUGUUGGUCUUCCUGCGGACGACCCCGCCGGCAUAGAAGCGUUUGCCGCCCCGGCCCAGGCACCAGCUGCCGUAGAGCCCGAUAUCCCGGUGGUGGGGGCGGCGGUACCAGCGGAUGAUGACGAAGAAGAUGAAUGGGUGGAACGUGCCUUUGGAGUUGAGAGGGACACGGCCGGGGGAGAAGAGGAGGGGGCCCCACGCGACGAGGCCGACGUACUUCAGCAACGUGUUAUUGCUCAGCCCAGGAAGCGUAGACGGGUAGCUCCGACAGACACAGAACCUGGGAGCAGCUCCUCUCAAGAGGCCACUGGCGAAAACCCAGUCGAGGAGAGCGGUGCAAUCCCAGCCUUCAAUUUCGCUGACCUACCUUUACGGCCGACCCCUACGAGGGCGAACACCUCCCAGGUAGCGGGUCUCCGACGUGAACUCGAGGAAACCACUAGGAGUGGAAGUACCAGUGCCCAGUACGACUUCGGUGGUACCGGUGGAAGUACAGACAAUCGUUUCCAAUUUGGAGGUGCGAACCCCGAGCCGUCGCGGCCACCGGAUAUCUGGGCCCAGACAACCCCAAGUGGAGGGGAUAUCAGUGAGAGGUUGGAGACAAUCGACACUGGAAGAUCUGCAAAUUGGAUGAGGGAACAUGCUUCUAGCGCACCUGUUUCCCCUACGCCCUCCGAGCAGAGGACAUCGGAAUUCGGAAUCGCUCUAGGAAGCCACGAUAACGAUGUUAACGACGGAAGCGGCAGUGCAAGCUGGGCUUCCUCUAGUUCCUUCGAGAUUAUAGGGGCGCCGACGAACAAAGGCAAGGGUGUGGAGGUUGAGUUGCCUGAUCAGAUACCGGCAGUCAAGGGGAAGGGGAAGGAAAACUCUCCGGUGGACGCCCAGCUGGAUGGUGAGAACGAUUCAGUUGAGGAAUACGGAGACGACGAUGAGAUGAGGACUGAGGGUUCGCUCGGUGUCGGAACAUCCGAAUGGUCUAUGGCAGCACACGCAGGAGACGCUCUUUCUGAAUCAUCGGCCACUCCCCCCGUGAUGAUGCCACCAGCACCACCACCAAUGCCCACUCACCUAGACCCACUCAAUGUUCACCUGAGAAACCAACAAUUGGAAGAUGCACAGCGUCUUGAAGAAUUAAGGAACGGCGUCCAAGCCCAAGCGCGACACCUUCAGGAGCUGCAAAAUGAAAUGGCCGAGUGGGAACGGGUCGCUCCUCCUGCGGGGGCAGUGGCACCCCAAGAACCGCCCCAGCCUCAACAGGCUAGGCGCGCCGGAUUGCUUGGCUGGAUCAUUGGAGACGAUGGUGCGCAGGAUCAAAUGGAGAUUGGUGCCGACGAGGAUGAUACAGAUGACGAGGAUGCCCCCGUUGGCGCUGCGGCUGCCGUUCCUCAAGGUAUCCUUGAUGACGAGGCGGCGGACGAUUUCGAAGGCAUCAUGGAACUUGUUGGAAUGAGGGGACCGUUAAUAGGACUUGUGCAGAACGCCGCCAUCAGCAGUAUGCUCAUAACUGCCACUGUGGCCGUCGGCGUGGCAUUCCCUUACGUGACGGGCAAGACUGUUAUGAUGGUUCUAGCACACCCAGUCUUGUUUUUCUUCCGGCUGCCCAUGAUGGCCAUAUCCUUCUGUGCGGAAUUCUUGGUUGAUUUCUCAACAAUGGUUGCAUUCUCUCUGCUCUUGAUGUGCGAACAAGCCAUUCGAUCCUUCCUCAAGCCGGCCACUUCCAUUCUCCCAGGUUUAUCAGGAUAUCUCAACAGCGGUGGAUUGACAACAUUCCUCAGGAACUGGGCAUCCGACGGCCAGGCUCGUGUCGUUGCCAAGUUUGUUAGCAUCGAAACCACCUACAUGACUGUUCGGAAGUUCCCACCCUCUGCCGUGCCCCCACUCAGCCUUGUCGUGAAAGAGAGCUUCGAGCGGUUAAUGGAGACGAUAACCUGGGGAUUGGGCAAGGUUGGACUAGCAGGCUUGGCGGCAACGGAGAUUUCUGCUGGGCCGGAGCAUCUGGACUUGAAUGGGCUCAAAAUAGCCAAUCCACUUGCUUGGGCUGUUCACGCUUGGGAGGAUACAUUCGCAACGAUCAACUUUACUCAUCCACUGAACGCCACUGCAGAGACUAUCGGCUAUUCCUCCAAUCCGCAGGAAGCCUUGACAUAUGCCGGCCUUUACAAAUGGUCCACAUGGGACCGAGUCGGGGUUGUUAUGCUGGGUUAUGCGUUCUUUACCAUCGCCGGAAUGACAUAUGUUAAGCGGAGACGGCAGCAACCCCCCGGCCAUGUCGAGAAGCUUGCCGCGGAGUUCCUGCAGCAAUGCGGCGGCGUGAUGAAGGUUGUCCUGAUCAUCGGAAUUGAGAUGUUUGUAUUUCCACUUUACUGUGGAGUACUGUUAGACAUGGCAAUGCUACCGCUCUUUGAGACCGCUACAAUUGCGUCGAGAAUCCAAUUCGCCAUAGAUUUCCCAUUCACUAAUGUCUUUGUGCACUGGUUCGUCGGCACAUGCUACAUGUUCCACUUCGCCCUUUUUGUCAGCAUGUGCCGCAAGAUCAUGCGCACCGGCGUAUUAUAUUUUAUCCGUGACCCUGAUGAUCCCAACUUCCAUCCUGUGCGCGACGUGCUUAAUAGGCCUAUCGUUACACAGUUGCGCAAGAUUGGCUUCUCGGCAUUCAUAUACGGCGUACUGGUUCUCAUGUGUCUUGGAGGCGUUGUCUGGGGGCUUCAUGGUGUCACUAGCGAUGUUCUUCCCAUCCACUGGUCGUCCAACGAACCGGUGUUUGAAUUCCCCGUCGAUCUCCUCUUCUACAACUUCCUGAUGCCGCUCGCUGUCAAGUUCUUCAAGCCUUCCGAUGGCCUUCAGAACAUGUAUGCGUGGUGGUUUCAAAAGUGUGCUCGAGCACUCCGACUCUCCAGUUUCAUGUUCGGUGAACGUAACGCGGACGAGGAGGGAUACACCGUCUACCCGACAUGGAGAUCGUUUUUCAUGAGGGAAAAGCCGGAUUACGACACGCCGAUCAUGCCGGAUAUGGAGCCUCCAGCGAAUCAAAUCUACUUCCGACGUAGUGGACGUUUUGUGCGCGCUCCUGCAUCGGAUAGUAUUCGCCGGCCCAAGGGCACAUCGGUGUUCAUUCCUGUCGAUGAGCAGAACCGCCGCCUGGAUGUUAAUGCCGACCUUGACCCCCCGAAUGGCCCUACCAGUGCUAACAGCACUGACUGGAGACUUGCCUAUAUCCCACCGUUCUUCAGAGCGCGUAUUGGUAUUGUGGUUGUGGGAAUCUGGUUCUUCGCCGCCGUCACGGGUGUGUCGUUUACCAUCGGUCCUCUCCUUGUUGGCCGCCUGAUCCUCCGCCAGCUCGUCCCAUCGCAAGUCCGCCUCAACGACAUUUACGCCUUUUCAGUGGGCGUGUACGUUCUCGGCGGGGCCACCCUUUGUUUGUCCAAACUUCCGGCAGCCUACAAUUCCAUCAAAGUUGUUUUACAGCCACUCACAAGCGCCGCCUCCAACGCCUCGUACCCUGAGAAAAUCAACAACCUACGCAUUGCAGUAACCGAUGUAGUCAUCCGCUCCCUCAAGAUCUGCUACGUCGUUACCGCCUUUGCGAUCGUGAUCCCGACGUUAGUGGCACUUAUCAUCGAGUUCUAUUUCAUUAUUCCUCUGCACACCGCUUUCGGGGUCACGGCCUCAGCCUCAGCGACACCAACCUUUCCCGAUGCCCUCGAAAAUAUCAACUCCACAGUAGUAUCCGCUAUCACUGCGGCCGCGCCUCCGAAUAGCCGCUUCCACCUCGAACACACGAUUCACUUCGUCCAGGACUGGACUCUCGGCGUCCUGUACGUCAAGAUGAUGUGCAAGAUGGUCCUACUGGACGACAACAGCGUUUGGGCGCGCUCUCUUCGCGGCAUCGUCGCCCACGGCUGGCUCAACCCCGACGCGAAGCUCGCAACCCGCGUCUUCAUCGCCCCUUGCAUCUUAGCAAUGAUCGCAGCCCUCGGCUUCCCGGUCGCAAUGGCAAAAGUCCUUGUGAUACUCGGAAUCGCCGACGGCGCUGCUAUCUACAGAUUCGCAUUCCCCGCGUUCUUCCUCGCUAUGUGCAUCAGCGCUGCAGGGUACGCUCUUUACCGCGUCGUUGAGGGAUGGAAGGAGGGUGUUAGAGACGAGGUUUAUCUCCGUGGCAUGAGGAUUCACAAUCAUGGCGAAGAGACCAGUAUGGUUAGAGGACGGGUGGGGGACAUUGUUAGGUAGACAGACCUUUUUACGUUGCGUUGUACGGAGUUCUUUUUUUUUCUUUUCCUUUUUUUUCUUUUCCGUCUCUUUUAUUUGCUAUUGCGGUAGAUGAUCGUAACUUUUACUUGUUUGCUGAAUCGAAUCGAUUCAAAUGUCUACCAUUUUUUCUUUUUCCUUUUACUUCCGAUUCGGUUCGUCGUUUCCGAGGCCUAUUGAUCCGGCUCCGUUCGGUUGAUUUUUUCCACUUAUUGAUCCGAGACGGUUCGUUCGGUUGUUUUCCACAGUUCUUUCACUUUCACUUCACUUCACUUUUAAACGGGGGUUUCUGCUUUUUCUUUUAAAACGUGUAGGGU